AUGGCAAAACGUUUAUCCAUGGAAGAUCUGAUUAAGAAAUAUCAAUAUAUUAAAACAAAUCAACAAAUUUCAUCGAGAAUAGACACAAAUCAAAAACCAAAUGAAACCGAUAGAACAUUUGAUGAAGAAUAUUCAAAAUCAUCAUCCAUGUCACAUAAUGAAAUAGGAACAUCUGAUCGAUAUAGACUAUCGAAUGCUCCUUUAGAAUCAUCGUCUGCUUCAAAUUCUGAAGAUGCUUGCAAAGUGUGUUUGGAUGCUGAAGCGAAUUGUGCAUUUAUUGAAUGUGGUCAUAUUGUAUCAUGUCUUAAUUGUGCUAAAUUAUUAACAAGAUGUCCUAUUUGUCGUGAAACUAUAAAACGAACAUUACGUAUUUACAAAUCUUAA